AUGAUACAAUUUAUUUUUUUAACAGGGAAAAAUAAAACAAAAGACGCUAUUGUAAAAGUGGACAAUAAGAUGGAAAAUACGCGCAUUCCCGAUUUGAUAAUGGCCGUGUGUUCACCUGAAUAUAAUAAAGAUGAUGUUGAUACCGAUAAAGCGCAAGAUUUUAAUAUAAAAGAAGAAUUGUUGGAUGAAAAAGUUAACAUUUCGACAGUUGAAAAGGAAGAGGUAGAGAAACAAACAAUAGAACCAGCAAAGAGGGCGAGUGAACGAUACAAAAAAUCUUCAAAAGAAGUGCAAGCGGAAAUGCUUCAACGGCGUUUGAAAUCGUUGCGAGCGGCAUUGGGUCAAAAGGCUUCUCAAAGUCAUUGGCCGGAUGGCGAAGGGGAUAAAAAUUCAUCGCGAACCGGUAAUGAAAUGAAACAAAGUGAUUCGAAACAUUCUGAAGCUGCUAAAACGUCAUCUUCGAAGAGAACUUUUAGCACGACUUCAUCAAGGCAAGACUAAUUCCAAAAGCCGUAGUCCCUCACGUGAAGGACGUCGUUCGCAUUAUCAAA